AAACCAUUUCAGAUGGAGUCUGGGAGAGAAUCUAGGAGCCUGGGACAGAGCAGCUGGCCUGGACAUGGGCCGAUGCCCCAGUUGACAGGUUGUUGGAUUAGAAAGAAUAUCAAAGGCAGCAAGCGAGAUUAGGGAUAAGUGAACAUCUGACAGCAGUUUCCAGCAGGGGAGAACAGAUGAUAAACAAUGGGAAUAGGGUACUUGCUGGGGGAGAGGAGAGGUGAGAAGGCCAUGGGAAAAGUGUGGCGGCAAUCUCUAAAGCUCCAGGUUGCUGCACCUCAUGAAUAGAACAGGAAAUAGGAUUUGCAGGGACAGAUGUGAUGAGUGGUGAUGAAUACAUUACAGGCAAAAGAAGGACCAAACUCCGCAAGAAUGGCAUUUCAAAGAAAUGGGAUUUCAUGAGGACACAUGACAGGAAACACUGGAAGAGUGUGCCUUCGGGGGUGAAGUCAAACAAUUGGAGAGUUAAGAGUGCCUGCUUUGGGAGGAGAGACAUGCUUUAUUGCAGCGUGGCCAUCCUGAUCUUUAAUACUUCUCGGCGGUGCUUUGUUGUGGUGAAGCAGUUUCGUCCAGCUGUCUACAUGUGUGAGAUGGAGCGGCUCUGCCCUCAAGUCUUUGAACGUGAAAACCAGGGGAGCUGGUGCCCUCUGCCAGGCCACUUGCCUCCUUCAACGGGAGUGACCUAUGAGCUCUGCGCUGGCAUUGUAGACAAGCCAGAGCUCUCUUUGGAAGAGACAGCUUGCAUGGAAGUCUUGGAAGAGUGUGGGUAUGAGAUCCCUACAGCCAGCCUGAAGAAAAUUACUUCGUGCAGAUCUGGUGUUGGUGUGUCUGGAUCAAAGCAGACCUUGUUUUACGCCGAGGUAACAGACGAGAUGAAAGCCGGCGAAGGCGGAGGCCAGCCACAAGAAGGGGAGCUGAUUGAGGUGGUGGAAAUACCUCUGCAGGACUGCAUGACUUUUGCAUUUGACGAAGCUCUCCCUAAAACCAUGGGCUUCAUCUUCAGCUUCAUGUGGUUCCAGACCAACGUUGUCCCAAAGCUGCUAGAAAAAGAAUAACCAUUGCUGAGAUUUCUGGAGGGGUGAGGUUGGGAUUUUUUAUUAUCAAAUCAUUUAUAAGAUUUUUUCCCCUUUCUGAAUGUAUAUAUUUCAGGAAAGAGUCGCAAAAAUAGAAAUUAGGAAACUGCUGCUUUCUCCCCCCCCCCUCACCCCGG